UAAUUGAAACCAACCCUAAGCUUUUUUUAUCUCCGCCCUAAAGGUAGCCCCGAUUAUUGCUGACUUAAGCAUCGGAGUGUCUACCCUGAGUUCCACCUCGGGGCUUUGCAGGUCAUCUUGGAGUACAAGCGCGGAUUGAAGAAGGACUUCAGGUUUGGUGCAAUUACAUUGGCGCCGUCUGUGGGAAUCGAACUGAAAGCUUUCUAGUUGCUCUUUCAUCAUGGUUCACACUCGAUCAGUCCGAGCUGGUAAUUCAUCUCUGCCUCAUGGGCAAGGUCAACCCCCUAACAACCUUCCACCUCCGAUCCCACCUCAAAUCCUACCUCAGGUCCCAACCAUAUUCCUUCCUGUUGAUCAUGCAGAAGGAGGAGAUGAAAACCAACCCCAUACCUCAGCCCACAAUUCAACUUCCACUGCCAACCACGACGUGGUGACAGCUCAGCUUGCUGCCAUGCAGCAGCAGUUUGGUGUUUUUCAGUUGGUACUGACUCAGCUUUUCGCUAGAAAUAAUCUUGGUGAUCCUCUCAUUAAUUUACUAAACCCUGCUCAACAACCCCCAGCUCCACAACAGAAUCCUCAACCGGUUCAAUAUGCUCCCGCUGUUAGUGAAUCUCAGGGUCAAUCCCACAUAGCACCCGCUCAACAACCCAUCCCUGAUGAUGUUACUCGCUGUCUCAAUAGCCUGGAGAAGCUAGUAGCCGAACACCGAGGUGCUCCACCCCCACACCAUGCUGCUGACUCUAUACCUCACCCUUUGAAUACCAACAUUACUCUAGAACCCUAUCCUGCUAGUUUCAAAAUGCCACAAUUGGAGACUUAUGACGGGACAAAGGACCCCGAUGAUCACCUGCAUGCUUUCUACUCUUGUAUGCAAGCUCAAAACGCUUCUGAAGCGUUAAUGUGCAAAAUAUUCCCCUUUACUCUGCGAGAUAAUGCUCAAACUUGGUAUUAUAGUCUACCUCCGAGGUCAAUUAGUUCUUACACAGAAAUGGCAUCUACCUUUGCCACUAAGUUUUCCAGUAGAAGGUUGAUUAGGAAAACUACUACCGAAUUGAUGCGAGUUAAGCAGAGGGACGGAGAGUCUCUAAAGAACUACAUGAGUAGGUUCAAUGAUGCGGUGUUGGAGGUUAAUUCCUUCAACCAAGCUGUGGGCAUUGCAGCUGUAAUCUCUGGUCUCAAACAUGACAGGUUCCGAGACAGUUUGAUCAAACAUGCUGCCACCUCCUUUAGCGAGGUAAACGACAGAUCUCUAAAAUUCAUAACUGCUGAGGAAUACGCUCUGGCGCAAAACCCACCUUCCUUUAAGAACCAGAACCCAGAAUGGAGAGAUGACAAUCCGAGCCGGAAAAGGAUGAGAAUGGCACAGAACCGAGGUCCGAUGUUGACCUCCCCAACGAGAUUCGGAAGGACGAACUCAACACCUCCGCAACAAUCUGCAGGUAAACCUCCAGUUAAUUGGACUCCCUUUAAUCUACCGAGGUCACAAAUUUUUAUGCAGAUCAAGAAUAAAAUGGAUUUAAGGCGUCCUGGCCCGAUGAAAACUGCUGCUGCCAGUCGAGACCACACCAGAUAUUGUGAUUUUCAUCAAGAUCACGGCCAUACUAUAGAACAGUGCAACAGCUUAAAGUCCAAACUGGAAAGUUUAGCUUAGAAGGGAAUGCUAAAUGAGUAUGUUCAGAGAACUGAACAGCAGAGGUUUAUCGGAGAACAGAGGCCGCAGCCUCAAGGAGUCCGCAAUCCUCCAAAUAGGCAAGGUGUAGGAUAU